AUGGUGGACACCAAGCUCAAUAGGAGUGACCAGUGUGCUACUGCCACAACAGAAGCCAACAGGAUGCUGGGUUGCGUCAACAAGGGCAUCACCAGCAGAGAUAAAGAAGUUGUUAUCCCACUCUACUCAGCACUUGUCAAGCCACACCUGGAAAACUGUGUUCAGUUUUGGUCCCUGCUAUGCAGAAAAGAUGUGGAUGGGCUGGAGAGGGCCAGCAACAAAGUGGAAGUGGACAUGGAGAAGGCAGAGAGCUUGCGUGUGACAAGAGGAGACUUCUUUGCAUCUUUGGAGAAUGAUAUCAAACCAGCAUUUGGAACCAACCAGGAAGACUAUGCAAGCUACAUCAUGAACGGUAUUAUUAAGUGGGGUGAUCCAGUAACAAGGGUAUUGGAUGAUGGGGAGCUACUUGUUCAACAAACUAAGAACAGUGACCGCACUCCUUUGGUUAGCGUUCUUCUAGAAGGUCCCCCCCACAGUGGGAAGACUGCUUUAGCAGCAAAAAUAGCAGAAGAAUCCAACUUUCCCUUUAUCAAGAUCUGUUCUCCUGAUAAGAUGAUUGGAUUUUCUGAAACGGCCAAGUGCCAAGCUAUGAAGAAGAUCUUCGAUGAUGCGUACAAGUCCCAACUCAGCUGUGUUGUUGUGGAUGACAUUGAGAGACUUCUAGAUUAUGUCCCAAUUGGACCACGGUUCUCUAAUCUGGUGUUGCAAGCCCUCCUUGUACUGCUAAAGAAGGCCCCCCCUCAGGGGCGCAAGCUUCUAAUCAUUGGAACCACCAGUCGCAAAGAUGUCCUGCAGGAAAUGGAAAUGCUGAAUGCUUUCAGCACUACAAUUCAUGUGCCCAACAUUGCAACAGGGGAGCAGCUGAUGGAGGCUUUGGAGCUCCUGGGUAACUUCAAAGACAAGGAACGCAGCACUAUUGCACAGAACGUCAAAGGGAAGCCUGUCUGGAUUGGUAUCAAGAAGCUGCUGAUGCUGAUAGAAAUGUCAUUACAAAUGGAUCCUGAGUAUCGGGUGAAAAAAUUCUUGGCUCUUCUGAGAGAAGAAGGAACAGUUCCUUCCCUAGACUGAAGGUGGACCAAGUGCAAGAUCAACAGCUGGAAAAGUGACCAACCUGGAGAAUAUACACUGGGAUCUUUACUCUUCUGUGUUCAACACGCUGGACAAAGUGAAAUGCUCCCCUGUUUCCAAGAACCCAAUGUGGAAUCUGCAUGUUUAGUGCAAUACAGUAUCUUUAUUCUUUGUCUUUAAUAUACUGAUGUCAUGUGGAAGUGUCUUCUAGAACACUGUGCUUCUGUUUCUGUGCAGGCAAGGCUGCGUUCUCAUUUGAUUUUAGCAUGGGGGGAAUGUCCUGUAAGUUUUGAAGCUAACGCUCACUUGUGUCCAGCAUCCAGUUGCUAUGUCAGGAAAGAAAUCCUGACUUCUAAUAAAACCUGACAGUCUGUGGUGAAGGCGUAUUAAAGUACUACUCUGUCUUAUCCUGAUCCAAUGAAUGCUUUCUUCUCAUGUCAUUGUAUACCUCAUUGAACAUUGAGCCAGGCUGAUAAUGUAAAGACAAUGCCCAUAAUA